CUGUGACGCACACAACACAACACGCACAGUUGUUCAUUGAGACUCCAACAUGGCGUCCGACGCGCCUUCGGGAGCUGAUGCUCGCCAGGCCGAUUUGGGGUGUGCGAUCGCGGCUUUGAAUUCAUGGAGCCACUCGGAGCUCCAAACCAAGCUGGCCGAGUUGGGCGCCCCGACGAUGGGCCCAAGGGAAGAGUUGAUUGACAGACUGAAAGGUUACAUGAUACAGACUGGCAUCCUGUUGGGAAAACCGAAUGAUGAUAAAGCAGCGGGCCCCCAGAUGCCCGGCAUGCAGGCCAUGCCACCCGUGAUGGGGGGAAUGCUGCACGCGUCAAUGAGCAUGAUGCCAGGGGGACCGCCGCCUCCCACAAUGCACAUGCCACCCCCGGGCCUCUUGCAAGAUGACCAUCUGCAGAGGGCGGCCAUUGUGAUGCAGCACGAGGAGCACGAUGGCCACCUUUCGGAUAACCAGGACCUUCUGGAGCAGCAGAAGAGGGCUGCCGUGCUCAUGGAGCAGGAGCGCCAGCAGGAGAUGGUUCACAUGCAGCAGGGACCGAUUGGCAGGGCGUUGCCACCAGUCAACACAGUUCGAAUGGGCUUGGAUCCUCGUGGGCCGCUGCCUCCGGGCGUCAGCAUGCUGCCCAGCCAGAGACAGAGAGUCCCUCCCCCGCCCGGGGACGACAACAGGGAGGCCUGGCAGAGCGAGGAGAUAAGUAUCGGGGGGCCAAAGAUUCCUCAGGCCCUUGAGAAGAUCCUCCAACUGAAGGAGAUCAGACAGGAGCAGCAUAUUGACCCUGCAGAAGAAGCCGGCGGGACGGACGUAGACUUCAACGGUUCCGCACGUGGAGCGUCUGAGGCAGAAGACGAUGAUGGUCGGAUGUCCAAGAAGGACAAGAACCGCCGACGCAGGAACCGCAAGAAGAAGAGCAAGAACAAGCGUGCUCAGGAGAAGAAGGAGCAGAGCGACGGCGAGAAGGAGGAAGACGAGCCCCAAGUGGAGAUAGAGUACGUCACAGAGGAGCCGCAGAUCUACGACCCAAACUACAUCUUCUUCAAGCGCAUCUUUGACGCCUUCAAGCUGACUGACGAUCUCAAGAAGGACAAGGAUAAGGAGCCCGACAAGACGGAAAAACUUGAAAUGACUGUCCUGAGGAAGAAAGGCUUUGAGUUGGAAAAGAAAGACAGUGACGACAGCGACGAGGAAGUGCGCCAAGAUGUUCCUAAACUGUCCAAGAAGAAGUUGAGGAGGAUGAACCGUCUCACGGUGGCUGAGCUCAAGCAGCUGGUGGCCCGGCCAGACGUGGUGGAGAUGCAUGACGUGACUGCCCAGGAGCCCAAACUGCUGGUGCACCUCAAGGCCACCCGGAACACAGUGCCGGUUCCUCGCCACUGGUGCUUUAAGCGCAAGUACCUGCAGGGGAAGAGGGGUAUCGAAAAACCACCCUUCCAACUCCCGGAAUUCAUCAGGAGGACCGGCAUCCAGGAGAUGAGAGAGGCGCUGCAGGAGAAGGAGGAUGCUAAAACCAUGAAAACCAAAAUGAGAGAAAAAGUUCGUCCCAAGAUGGGAAAGAUCGACAUCGAUUACCAAAAACUUCACGAUGCCUUCUUCAAGUGGCAGAUCAAGCCCAAGCUGACCAUUCAUGGAGACCUUUACUAUGAGGGGAAAGAGUUUGAGACCCGCCUGAAGGAGAAGAAGCCAGGUGACCUUUCUGAUGAGCUUCGCAUCGCUCUCGGAAUGCCAGUCGGACCAAACUCUCACAAGGUCCCGCCCCCCUGGUUGAUUGCCAUGCAGCGGUACGGCCCACCUCCGUCUUACCCGAACCUCAAGAUCCCUGGACUCAACUCGCCCAUUCCAGAUAACUGCACCUUUGGCUAUCACGCUGGUGGCUGGGGCAAACCCCCCGUAGAUGAAAUGGGCAAACCGCUUUAUGGUGACGUGUUUGGGACCAACUCUUCAGACUUCCAGGCCAAAGCGGAGGAGGAGGAGGUGGACCGCUCUACGUGGGGCGAACUGGAGCCGUCCGACGAAGAGUCAUCCGAGGAAGAGGAAGAAGAGGAGGAGAGCGAUGAGGAGAAACCAGAUGAGACGGGAUUCUUCACACCAGCAGACAGCGGGCUGAUCACGCCAGGAGGCUUUUCAUCCGUCCCCGCUGGCAUGGAGACGCCUGAACUCAUCGAGCUGAGGAAGAAGAAGAUUGAGGAGGCCAUGGACGGCAACGAGACGCCACAGCUCUUCACCGUUCUUCCAGAGAGACGAACGGGCCCGGUUGGCGCCGCCAUGAUGGCCUCAACGCACAUCUACGACAUGUCGGCGGCCGUGGUGACCCGUAAGACCAUUGGUGGGGGAGAGUCGCAUGGCGUGGAGGUGGCGCUGGCGCCGGAGGAGCUGGAGCUGGACCCCAUGGCCAUGACGCAGAAGUAUGAAGAGCACGUGCGCGAACAGCAAGCGCAGGUGGAGAAAGAGGAUUUCAGCGACAUGGUGGCCGAGCAUGCCGCCAAACAGAAGCAAAAGAAGAGGAAGGCUCAGCCUCAGGACACACGAGGCGGUGCUAAGAAGUACAAAGAGUUUAAGUUCUAGACAACCACUGCAAAGAGGAACCUCAUGUUUUACUGUCACAAUAAAGGUUGUUUUUUUUA